AUGAGCACGGGUGCAGAGGCCCUGCUGGCCGCAUGCUGGCCGCACACAGGUCUGCAGUUCACCGACCAGGUGGCAGUGCAACCUGCCCCUUGGGAAGCCUCAGCCACGUCUCUGCUGGCCUGUCUUGGUGCCUACCACCCGAGGCCCACCUACUGGACGCCGUCCUGGUGCCCAGAAAUAGGCAACAGCAUCGCAUCUUCUUUCUCACAGGAAGAAGAGAGCUUCCAGGUCCUGAUGGGCACUGGAGGAGACAGUCUCCCGCUUGUGGAAAUUAACAAUCAUGAGGGCACUGAACCAUGCGAUUAUGUGCUGGUGGCUGACAUCAGCGCCCAGAAGAAGCCCACGCUGAUUCAGAGGCAGCAGCAGUUCCAGAAGGAGCUGGAGGCUAAGGGCUUCCAUGUUCAGGUGGUGGAGGACGGGAAGAAGGUCUUCUUUGGGAUCCGAGCUGAAGACAGCAUCUUCGAGAAGUACCGCACACUCCUCCUGGAGCCCGAGGAUCCCACCCCCACGGCAAAGCCAGACAGCCUGGCCACCAUUCCGACCACCACCCGAAUCCGCAUUGUCAACUUCAUCCUGAACAGCACGACGGCAGAUGAUGAUACAUUUGAGAAGAUGGUGAAGGACGGGGUCUUUGAAGCCAGAUUUCCCCUGCACCAGGAAGAGAAAGUCCUGAAGGAGAAGUGGGCCCAGUGGAAGAAAAUGUUCCAGAAUCAGCCCAUUGAUGACAUCAGGAACUACUUUGGCGAGAAGGUGGCCCUGUACUUUGCCUGGCUUGGCUGGUACACCUACAUGCUGCUGCCUGCCGCCUUCGUGGGCCUCGUGGUCUUCCUCUUUGGCUUUAUCCACUUCGAUGCCAGUCAGAUCAGCAAGGAGAUCUGCGAGGCCCACAAUAUCUACAUGUGCCCACGUGGUGACCACAGCCUUAGGUACCAUCGGCUCUCGGACACCUGCACCUUUGCCAAGCUCACUCACCUCUUUGACAACGAGGGCACCGUGCUGUUUGCCAUCUUCAUGGCGCUGUGGGCCACCAUGUUCCUGGAGUUCUGGAAGCGCAAGCGAGCAGAAGUGGUCCUGCACUGGGACCUGUAUAACUGGGAUGAGGACCAGGAGGAAAUCGCAUUGGAGCUCAUCAACUGCCCCGACUAUCAGCUGAAGCCACACCAGCACUCGUACCUGCGCAGCUCACUCAUCCUGCUGCUGGCCCUGCUCAUGAUUUGCAUCAUGAUAGGCAUGGCCCACGUCCUCGUGGUCUAUCGUGUCCUGGCAGCUGCUGCCUUCGGCUACUUGCCCUUCCUGGGGGAGCAGGUGACAACCGCCGUGGUGGUGACCGGGGCAGUGGUGCACUACCUGAUGAUCAUCAUCAUGACCAAGGUCAACAAGGCUGUGGCCCUGAGACUGUGUGACUUUGAGGAGCCCAGGACCUUCUCCGAGCGUGAGAGCAAGUUCACCAUCAAAUUCUUCACGCUGCAGUUCUUUACCCACUUCUCCUCCCUCAUCUAUGUGGCCUUCAUUCUGGGCAGGAUCAACGGUCACCCUGGGAAAACUGUGCGCCUGGCAGGGUUGUGGAAGCUGGAAGAGUGCCACCUCAGUGGCUGCAUGGUGGACCUGUUCAUGCAGAUGGCCAUCGUCAUGCUCCUGAAGCAGACACUUAGCAACUGCAUGGAGUACCUGAGCCCGCUGCUGUCCUUCAAGUGGCGUUCCCAGCGGGCCUCUCAGGCCCGACCCAGGGACCCUGCACUGCAGGAUUGGAGGCGGAACUACUACAUGAACCCAGUUUACAACUUCAGCCUCUUUGAUGAGUUCAUGGAGAUGAUGAUCCAGUACGGCUUCACCACCAUCUUCGUGGCUGCCUUCCCGCUGGCCCCUCUGCUCGCCUUCUUCAGCAACCUGGUGGAGAUCCGCCUGGACGCCAUCAAGAUGGUCAGGCUGCAGCGGCGCCUGGUGCCCCGCAAGACCAAGGAUAUCGGGACGUGGCUGCAGGUGCUGGAGAUCAUUGGUGUGCUGGCCGUCAUCGCCAACGGCAUGAUCAUCGCCUUCACGUCUGAGUUUAUUCCCCGGGUGGUCUACAAAUACCACUAUGGCCCGUGCCGGCGGGGGGCUUCACCCGGAGUCGACUGCCUCACUGGCUACAUCAACCACAGUCUGUCCGUGUUCUACACCAAGGACUUCCCGGAAGGCAACAGUAUACAGGGACCCGAGAACGUGACGGAGUGCAGGUACCGAGACUACCGCAAUGCCAAGGACUACAGCUUCUCCGAACAGUUCUGGGUCCUCCUAGCGAUCCGCCUGGCCUUCCUCAUCCUCUUCGAGCAUGUGGCUCUGUGCAUCAAGCUGGUUGCUGCCUGGUUCGUGCCUGACGUCCCUCAGACAGUGAAGAACAAGGUUCUGAAGGAGAAGUACCAGAGGCUACGAGAGAAGAUUUCUGGAGGGCGGCAGAGGCAGGCUGGGGCUGGCGCGGGGUCCCAGGUCCCCUCCUCCCGUGGCCCCAGCUACAGCCCCAAGACCACAGCUGUGUAG